GGAGGGAGGGGCGGCGUGGGUUUUUGGGUCCCCUCUGGGUCCUAACGCCCAGGGGGUCACUAGUCCAGAUUCUGCUCUCACUGCCUGCCGGCCUGGUGCUGCCAGCCGCUGCUCGGGGCCAGGGCUACCCCGCGGAGUGCUUGCUGAUCAGGCUAUCUGAGGCUCAGAAAAUGACAAGGCAGAGCUGACCUACAGGUGUGACAUUGAUAUGCUCUUGCUCAAGUAUACACAGAAGUAGGAAGAGAGCUUCAUUCAUUUAUAUGUUUUAAUGUAUGCAUAUGAUGCAAAGAGGAGAGUAAUCUUUGAAGUGUCUCAGUUUCUGUAAAAGAAUAUAAUUGAAGAUUAUGUUCUUUAUCCAGACACUAUAGAUUAAAUAGUUGGAGAUUCGUCAUCAUGAAUUCUACCCCUCCAAUCAGUUACACGAUUCCUGAAAUCAAACGCCUACACUGUAUCCAGAGUGAGAUGAGGCUACUGCAAAAUAGUAGUCAGUCAGAGCUGGAUGUUACUGAAGAUCUGAGAAGGAAACUUCAUCAAGCCAAAAAAGAAAAACUGGACAUAACCACUAAACAUAACCAAGAUCUGUCCAACUAUGAAAGCCAGAUUGCCAGGUUGCGAUCUGAAGUUGAGAAAGGAGAGGCCAUUCGACAAAGUCUGGAAUAUGAACUUGUCAUUGCCAGAAAAGAUGCUGGUCUUGAAAGAUACUCUGCAGAGGAAAAGCUAUGUGAAGCUAGCACUCGAUUUCAGCAGCUGCAAGCCAUGAAUGCAGAGCUUCAACAGAAAUUGGCUGAGACCGAGAAAGUGUUUCAUAUUUCUCAGCAGAAUUGGAAGGAACAGCAGCAAAGACUUACAAGUGACUUAGAAGAGAAAGAUAAUAUCCUCAAGACCUGUAAUAGUGAAUAUGAGUUACUUCUGAAGGAGAGGACUAAACUGGAAAAUGUUAUACAGGAAACUCUGGAGCAUCACAAGGAGCAGAGGAAUAUGCUGGAAUCGCAAAUCAGAGAGACAGCAUUAAAGGAGUUUAGGUUUCAGUUAGAGCAGUGUGAAGCAGAAAGAAGAGAGUUCCAGUUUAUGUUGCAGGAGCGAAACAAUGCACUGCAGAAUAUGCAUAAGAAAAUACAAGAUCUGGAAUUGGAACAUAAUAACUGCACUGACAUUCUCCGGCGACAGGCCAGUGAACUUGAAUACAGUACUGAACGAGAGGAGAGACUUAAAAAAGAUCUUGAGGCAGCUACUGUGCGAGUGAAGAAAUUGGAAGAAAAUAUUGAGGCAGAGAGAGCAGCUCAUCUGGAAUCCAAAUUUAAUUCUGAAAUUAUCCAGUUAAGGAUUCGAGACCUUGAAGGAGCUUUGCAGGUAGAAAAAGCCAGCCAAGCAGAAGCUCUUUCUGAUUUGGAAAUGAUCAAGAAAGAGUUCAAAGAGGUGGAAAACGCAUAUGAGAGAGAGAAACAUAAUGCCCAAGAGAGCUUGGAAAAACUCAAUAUAUUCGAAAGAGAGUAUUUUUCCACAAACAAGCAACUAAAUGAAGAGAUCGAGGAAAAGAAGAAAGUAAUUACAGACCUCUCUGAGAGACUCCAGGAUAAUGAAAAAAGUUGCAGAGAAUUACAGGAGGAACUUGCAAAGGCCAAGAAACGCCAGGCCUUCCUAACAGAGACGUGUGAAAACAACGUGAGAGAACUGGAGUUACUCUUGGACAGCUUUACUAUGUCAAGCCAGUGGACAGCAGGCAGUCGCAAGGACAAAGAUAAACCUCCAAGCCUCUCUGUUGUCCUUGAGACUUUGAGGAAUACCUUGACAGAUUACCAGAACAAGCUGGAAGAUACAUCUAAUGAGCUAAAGAAAACGAAAGCUUCAUGUGAGAAGAUGACGAAAGAAAUUGACUCAUCCAAACAAAAAAUACGGUCUCAAAGUCAAGACCUUAAGGAAGUUCAGGAUAACCUGGCUGAUGCCAAUGAAGAGUUAAAUCAUCUACGCACUAAGUGUGCAGACAGAGAGGCUUUAACAGGCACUUUAAAAAUGGAACUACAGAAUGUACUGCACUGCUGGGAGAAAGAGAAAGUCCGUGCCACAGAAUCGGAAAAUGAAAUCCAGAAGCUUACCAGGGCUUACCAGAAGGAUACUGAGGAGAAGCUAACCUUCCUCCAUACUUUAUAUCAGCAUUUGGUAGCAGGCUGUGUGCUUAUAAAACAACCAGAAGGCAUCCUGGAUAAAUUCUCCUGGCCUGAGCUUUGUGCAAUCUUGCAGGAGAAUGUUGAUGCCCUGAUCUUAGACCUCAGCAGGGCUAAUGAGAAGAUAUCUCAUCUAGAAUAUAUUUGCAAGAACAAGUCUGAUACCAUGAGGGAACUUCAACAGACCCAGGAAGACACUUUUAACAAAGUGGCUGAGCAGAUGAAAGCACAGGAAAGCUGUUGGCAGAAACAGAAAAAGGGGUUGGAGCAGCAGUACUCUGGACUCCUUGGGGAAGUUCAUGCAAGGGCACAGAAAUAUCAAGAAAUUGCAGAAAAAGCCAAGGAAAGAUGUUCUGUCAUUGAAAAAGCACGAGAGCAGUUGGUCCAUGAAAAUUCACAAUUGAAAAGUAUAUUAAUACAGACACAAAAGGAACAUGCAUCUCUGCUGGCAGCCUGUGCACUAAUGGGUGGUGCCUUAUAUCCUCUAUACAGCCGGUUAUGUGCCUUGUCUACACAAAGAGACUUUCUCCAGGAUCAGGUCCACACCUAUGAAGUACUCAAACAGGAAAUUAGGACUCUGGUCAAUGCUUUGUCUGAUGUAGAGGGAAAGAGGCAAGAUGAAGUGAAGAUAAAGAAAAAGCAUUUCAAAGGCAUGAUACAUGUGUUCCGGAAAGGUGUUAUUGCAGUUCUGGCAGCUCACAGACUUCAAAUUUUGGGACGGUCAAGUAGCUCUCUUUUCUCCUGGGUAGAUGGUUUCAAAGAAGGCAUAGGAAUCCUAGUUUGCAUAGGAGAGGCCAAGGGGAAACAUAAUCUAUCAAAACACCAAAAGGAACAAAUCCAUUGUCUUCAAGCACUUAGCUGGUUUACUAGUUCUGACCUUCUUGCUGCAAUAAUCAGUUCGGUGGCUGAAUUACAGGAAGUUGUUAGCAAAACAGAAUUCUCCCUCCACCUGUCACGAGAGGAAGAUCCAAAUUCCUGGCUUUGUGGACACUUCCUCAUAAGUGCCGCCAGGAAUUCUUUUUCAAAACUCAUGGACAAACUUAAUGUAUUAAUGGAGACUAUACCAGUGGAUAGCAGCAGGACCAUCACAUAUGCAGAGAAGGACUCCUUGGUUCACAGACUGGCUCGUGGACUUCAUAAAAUAAAUGCACAGGCACUAAAAUCUGGACUAGGUGAUAGAAUACCCGUUACAAAAAGCAUAGCAUCCUUGCAGAAGCAAAUAUUUGAAUUUACACAAAGGCUGCAUACAGCAGAAGUGGAACGCCGUUCACUACGCUUAGAACUCUCAGAAUUCAAACGGAAUUUGAAUGAGAUGAAAAAAGAGGCUGACAAAGCCCAGAGCCUGCAAGAGCAAUUAAAUGCAUUUAAGCAAUCUAACACAAUUUAUUUCCUUUAUCAGAAAUUGAUCACCCAUGAGAGGUUUGAAAGUGCAUGUGAAGAACUGAAUAAUGCAUUACAUCGAGAGCAGGAAGCACAAAUGCUUUUGAAUGAGCAGGCACAACAGUUACAGGAGUUAAAUUAUAAACUGGAAUUGCACUCAAGUGAAGAAGCGGACAAAAACCAAACCCUAAGUGAAGCUGUAAAGAGUCUCUCCGAGGCAAAGAUGGAGCUGAGAAGAAAAGAUCAAUCUCUGCGUCAGCUCAAUAAACAUCUUACCCAGCUGGAGCAGGACAAGCGUCGACUGGAAGAGAGCAUCCACGAUGCAGAGAGUGCCCUCCGCAUGGCAGCAAAAGAUAAAGAAUUCAUUGCCAGUCAUAUGAAAUCUGUGGAAGCCACCCUACAGAAGGUCAGAGAUCAGAUCUCGCUGUCACGGACUGCGGCAACCAGGAAUGACUUCACCCUGCAGCUACCCAAACUGCACCUGGAGACCUUUGCAAUGGAAGGGCUGAAGGGCGGGCCAGAGGUUGUAGCAUUUCAGGCUCUGAUUAUAAGUUUUAUGGAUGUCUACCAACUCGCAAGCUCCAGAGUUGCUACAUUAGAGAGAGAAAUAGCAUCUCAUCGACAUCACAUUGCAGCCCUGAAAUCAGAACUCCAAACAGCUUGUCUUCGUGAAAAUGAAAGCUUACAAUCAGAAUCACGAGACAGUUCAAACGUCCCCAUGGCUUCAAGAUCAGCACUUCAGCCUGACCAGAGCUGUAUCCCAGAUUUUUUGCCAUUGCAAGCUGAGGCAGAUACAUCUUACAGGUCUAUUCACAAUAGAUCCCAUUCUCAGUCUUCAUCCUAUUCCUCUGCCCUCAACAUCUCAGCCAGCACCAAAAGAACAAUACAAAAUGGCUUUUAAGACUUUGUAUUAACUUUAUGAGGAAAAACUGUAUAAAUUUUAAAUGAUGCAAUUAAAAUGAUAUUUUAUUGGGCUAUCUUACCUUUGAAUUGUGCUUUAACAUGUGACACUAAUUUUUACAUUUGUUUGAAAACGGUGAGUGUCUGUUCAUACAUCCAUGUUUCUGUACUUCUCACUCCUGGUGUAGUGAAACAGUCCAGUUUUUUUUGUUUGUUUUUUUAGUUUUAUUUAUCACAGUUGCUCAUUUUUAUGUAAUAUAUUUUUAAAUGUUAAAGAAUGACACAUUUUGGGUAAUUUUCUUCAGACUUAAAAAAAAUCAAUAAGCCAUUUUAGUCUCUAUCUAUCAAAGUUGUUUCAUACUUGUCUAUUUUAAAUCAGGACUGCAAUACUUUAAUAGGAUUGAGAGAGCUAUUUGAAAUGUAUGCCAAUGAUUCCUGUCAUUUCAUGGCAGCCCUGCCAUGGUUCACUGAGCCCCCUCUUCUCUCUUGUCAGCUCAACUGAAGACAAGCAUUUAGUUGCAAACUUUAAGCAGGUUGUGCAAAACAGAAAUGAUGUGACUGCUUCUCCUCCUGCACAAUAAUGUCACUCCUGGUCAAUGUGAGAAGGUCAGGUUGCUCCUACAUGAUACCACUUGCCCAUUUGAACAAGUUAAGUUAACUGCUGAAUCUGGUCCCUGCAGACGUUGAAAACUCAUCCUUUUAUCAAGUCUGCAUUUGAUGAGAAAGUAGAACAAUUGUGCAGGGAGGAUUUCUGAUGACAUGUUUAUGUACUUUAUAAGGACAGUUCCCAAACCAGUGUUGCAGGUAAUAUAUUUAGUUUAAGCUGAAAUAUUUUAAAGUAAUGGCAGUUUUGACCUUCAAAAUAGACUCCUUUUUUGUUGUUGUUGGUAGGACCCAAGAGUGACGCCCAUCUUUGAUGCUGACAGAAUUUAAAGCAAAGCCAUUGCCCUGCAUUUUCUGCCUUGUAGCACACAAAAGUAAAAUUGUAUGUCAGGCCGAGAUGUCGGGGAGCUGACAAGAUGCCCCAGUGACAUUUCAGCUGGAAAGAGCAAGUGUCUUGCAACCAAGUGGUCAAAUAUCAAAUAAUAGGUCAAGCAGGAAGGAGCUGAGUUCUAACCACAAAGAGGUUUCUGGUAACUUACUUGACAAGCUUUUGGGUGCUUUGUGGCUUGACAAAGUGAUGUUCUGUUGGGUAUCGCUCGACAGACUGUUCUUUAUCGCCUUCAGAAGAUCAGACAUUGACAUUGAUUAAACUCUUUAACCCUUAAAGGUUACAUUCUAGCAUCUUGCAUCACUAUGAGUGAAGAACAAAAGAAAAUUUAUAAUAUAGUAUUUGUUUUUGUAUUAAUCACCAACUCCCUAGUGCUAUUAACAUUUGAUGUGCUAUGUAGUUUUUGAUAAAGAGAUUGAAUGCAAAAUCUAUGUAUUAGAUUGUUUCUCAUUGUGGACCAGUGAUACAUUAUAAAAAUAACAUGGAAUUUUUCAUUUCUUGUGCUAUGUUAAAAGUAACAUUUGAUUCUAAGAAUUCUGACUACUGAAAUAUUCUUUAUUAUUUUGCCUGGAAGAUAUUUGCAUACAUAAUACACACAUUGUAAGAAAAAUCAUGCAAAUUCCCAUUUUCUCUUCAACCAAGGACUCUACUAGGUUAGAGAACUUUGAAACCCACUAGCAAGUUUUCAAGUAUUUUUGAUUUACAAGUCCCUUAUUUACAUGUGCAUCUGCAGGCACUUUGGGGUAGAUCCACACAAACAUAAUAUCUGAGCUGUCUUUAUUUUCAAAAAUACUGAUAUAAAAAGUAUCUUUUCUUUAUGAUGUGUUUGGCUUAGAUUGCUCUAUUCACUUCGUAAGACUCAGCUUCCCUCCUUCCUAACCAUGACUAUUCCGAGUAAAAGUAUUGAAAAUGCCUUACAUUUUUCUUAUAUAUGUAAUGUCAAAGGUCUUUUAUACUUGCAUGUAGAGUGACAUAAUACAUUUCACUGAGCAUUUGUUAUCUAUUGUGUGCGCAUGGUUUAUAUGCGUAUGCUUACUUUUAAAAAUAGUACCAUUUGAGAGGUGUCCGUCUGAGAUAUACUGUGCAUAAACUCUUUGGUACCUGAACUCAUUAAUGACUCAAUAAUCAAUAAUCUGGAUCAUCAACAGGAAAAUGUUGAUGCGUUGCUCGUCAGGUUUAUAAAAAAAGCUUUCGUGACCAAGUGAGAAAUUCUAAAGGAGCAGAAAAGAUCCUGCUUGGGCAGAUCUCACCUAAGAGGGUUGCAAAAAGAGAAGUUGCCUCCAUGGCAUUCCUUUCUUCCCCUCUCUGGGAACACUCUGGAACCCACUAUGUUGGGACUCUAUGCAUUUGGAGGCAGUGAGAGGGGAAAAAACAAAUUUCUCAAAUAUGUCCAUCCAUAGCCAAUAUCCUAGGUCUAUCGCAAGCUGAUUGUAGGCCAGAAUAUAGGUCAGAAAUGGCCCGGAUAGUGGUGGAUAAAUGCUCGUUUGCCACCACAGAUUUCAUCUACAAGCUGCAUUGCUACUAUUUGAUUCACUAUUUACAUGAAACUGCUAGGAGAGAUUAUGAGCCUGUGUGGUCUCAAAUGCUAGCAACGUGUAGAUGACACCCCUCUCUGUUUGUUAUUCGCAUCAUAUGCAAACACCAACACUGCCCAUUUAUCCUGCAGCUGUGUGAGGAGGAGCUGGCUGAAGCAAGGUGGAGGUUAUGCUGGUAGGCACAGGGAAACAUUUUAAAGUGCUUCUCAUCACUGUUCAUAUUUCUUUCAGUUGAGGAUGCCUGAACAUUGGCCAAACCAGACAGUCCCUACGUAAAAGAAUAAAUGGACACAAAUCAGACAUCAGGAAUAGUAACAUACAAAAGCCAGUAGGAGAACACUUCAAUCUUCCUGGACAGUCUAUAACAGAUUUGAAAGUAGCUAUACUUGAACAAAAAAAACUUCAGUAACAGACUUCAAAGAGAAACAGCAGAACUAAAAUUCAUUUGCAAAUUUAACACCCUGAUCGAAUUGGCCCAGUCAACACUGGUUCUCCACUUGUGAGGUAACUCCCUUCUCUUUAUGUAUCAGUAUAUUUAUGUUUGCAUUGGUAAUUUUCACUCCAUUCAUCUGAAGAAGUGGGGUUUUUACCCACGAAAGCUUAUGCUCAAAUAAAUCUGUUAGUCUUUAAGUUGC